AUGCGCAUCUCCGUCCCGUCGUCCAUGCGCGCGACGGCGGGCAGUGCCAGUGCCAGUGCCACCGCGCUGGCGGCAGCCAUGAACAUGAAGCAGCAGCCGCACGGCGCGUCCACGCUCUUCGCGCUGCUCUCCCUCGCGCUGCUCCUCCUCCGCCUGCUCCUCCGCCUCCGCCUGGCCGCCUUCCGCGACGCCGCGCUGUCGCUCCACCUCCUGGCGCGCCUCCGCCUCCGCCCCGUCCUCCUCCGCCUCCACGACGGCGGCGGCGGCGCCAGCGCCACCACGCUGCGCGUCUGGUGCCCCGCCACCCCGUCCUCCAAGCCGCCGCUGCUCCUCCUCCACGGCUUCGGCGGGGACGCCAAGUGGACGUGGGCGCGCAACCUCCCGCGCCUGUCUCGCCACUUCCACGUGUACGCGCCGGACCUCGUCUUCUUCGGCGCGCAGUCCCGGUCCGCGUCGCCGCUCCGCUCCGUGGCGUUCCAGGCCCGCUGCGCCGCCGAGGCCAUGCGCCUCCUCGGCGUGACCCGCUACGACGUCGCCGGGAUCAGCUACGGCGGCUUUGUCGCCUACCGGAUGGCCGCCGCCGAGGCCAGCGACGCCGUGGGCAGGCUCGUCAUCAUGACCACCGGCGUCGCGGCCACGCCCGGGGAGAUGCGGGCCAUGGCGGCGCGGGAGGACCGCACCGUCGAGGAGGCGCUGCUGCCGGACACCGCCGAGGGGCUGCGCUUCCUCGUGCGACGCUCCAUGCAUCGCCCCCCGCCGUGGAUGCCGGACUUCGUGCUUGACGACUUCAUCCAGCUCAUGUACGUGGAUCAGAAAAGGGAGAGGGCAGAGUUGCUGCACGAAUUGCUCAAGAACGGAAGUGGCUUCGACCCCCUCCCGGUUCUUACCCAGGAAACACUGAUCAUCUGGGGAGACAAAGACCAGGUGUUCCCCGUCGAUCUUGGCCACAGGCUGCACAGGCUCCUGGGAGAGAGAUCCAGGCUAGAGAUCGUCAGGGACGCAGGGCACGCGCUGCAGCUGGAGGGCGCCGACCACGUCAACCGCUUCAUCAAGUCGUUCCUCCUGGACGAACGAAUUGGGCCGGGCGCUGGCGCGGGCGUGGGCCGGAAGUAA